CUAUCUGAACAGCACAUGUUGACACAUUUGGCAGAAGCAAAACAAAUAAAAACAAUCUGGAAAACACAUGGAGUAAUGAAAACCUUGACUACAAAACAACAAGAACGUAGCGAAAAGAAGAAAAAGAAAUUGGCAGCAUUAGCCAAUUUAGUGAAACUGAAUGAUAAGGAUAGGCAGGAGGAAAUAAUGGCUGAGAGACGAGUAGAAUCUGCUCAAGAUAACGCAAAACCGAAUGAUGACAACAAUGAUGAUGACGGAUUUAUUCAGGUGUCUCAAAAAAAGAAGCAGGGAAAGAAAAAUCGUUUUCCCAGCAAUUCCGAAGAACCCUUGAACAAAAAACAAAAAAUUAUGAAUGAAGAUCAACCAACGGAGAGUGAUGUUACUUCUGGUCCAGAAGAAGAAGAAUUAAAAAAUUUGAAUUUAUCAGAGGAUCAAUAUAAACAACUUAAGAAGGAACUGAGAGAACGUAAAAGACAGUUAGAAAACAUACCAAGCCUCCGAUUACGCGAAUUUGGACAACGCGCUCUACUUUCUGUCAAAGAUGAUGAUCGUACACCUAUAUUCCUCACAGAUGUACAACAUCUUGUUAUGUCAGCACUUCUGGGGAAAAAGUCUCCUUGCGCUCCUGAUAGAUGGUGUUUCUUUGACAAACCGCAACAAUUAUCACAUACGGUAGUUGUUUGCCUAGAAGGCCUAUCUUUAUAUCACUAUCUUUCAAAUGAAAGUAAAUUUGAAAAAAUUAAUAAAAUAUUUGACACCAGAUUAGAAGUUGUUAUGCCAAGUAGCAAAAAAGAUGGGAAAUCAAUGGUAAUGAUUGAGGAAUUAACACAGGUGCCACUGACAAAUGCCCAAGCUCAUGAACUAAUCGAAAAACAUGGCUCUCUAGAGGCAGCCGUAGAACUAAAUAAGGACCCAACACUUUUGAUUAAUGGUAUUUUUCCAGUAGAGGAUACACCCGUUGAUCCAGCGAGUAAUGAUUUACACCCCAAUGAUAAAUUUCCACGCACUAAAUUGUUGCUUUCUGCACUGCAAAUGGUAGAUGAAGGUUACCCAAUGCCUCUAAGAGGUGAAUUAAAUAGACAAUUUUCCACUUAUGUGAUGACCAAGGAAAAAUACGCCCCUGUUACCAAUCGUAGUCCUCUAUUUGGUGUUGAUUGUGAAAUGUGUCGCACUGUUAAAGGCGUAAACGAACUGACACGUAUUUCCAUCGUUAAUGAAAACUGUGAGACAGUAUACGAAACUCUUGUAAGACCCACCAACAAAAUUGUCGAUUAUUUGACCCAAUAUUCCGGUAUUACUGAAGAGAUUAUGAUGAAAGUAACUAAAGAACUGAGCGAUGUCCAUAAGGAAGUUAGAGCUCUUUUACCUCCAGAUGCAAUUCUGGUAGGGCAAUCAUUGAAUUGUGAUUUAAAUGCCAUGCGAAUGAUGCAUCCAUAUGUUAUUGACACCAGUGUAUGCUUUAAUAUGAGCGGGGUUCGGAAGCGCAAAUCAAAAUUGCAGAAAUUGGCAAUGGCCUUUUUAAAGGAAACAAUUCAGGGGCAUGAAGGUGGCCACGAUUCUGUUGAAGAUUCAGUUUCAAGUUUGAAACUGGUAAAACUGAAACUAGCCAACAGUAUGGAAUUCGGAGAUGAAAUAUUAACACAAAAGAAACGUUUACACGACAUAAUAAAAGCUGCCAGCGGCGACACUAUAAAAAAUAAUUUAUUUGCUCAUGCCUCACAGCGCGAUAAACGAACUGCAAUUAUUACAGCCAAUCCACUGUCAUCGACCGUGCAGGAACUAUUGAAGAAAGCUGAACAAGCUUCACUGGACAAUUCACAAAAAUGCUUUUUACUUCAUGAACUCUCAUCGAAUAAAGAGGCAGUUCGUAAGUGCAAAGAAAUAUUGCUGGAGAACGCUCUGACCCUUUGUAAUCUGCACAUAACUUCAGAUGAACUUCGAGCAUCGUCAUUCGAUAACACAAUAGAAAGUGUUAACAAAUGGAUAUCGAAAAUUUGGAAGAACAUGGCACAUAAUGGUUUACUUUUAGUUUUAAUGGGCGGCGCCGCAGAGUGUUCAUCCGGUGUUGCUAAAAUUGCCAUUAAAAGUAAUGUAGCUGAUGUUGCAGCUGAAGUGCCCUUAACUGUUUAACAAAUGUAAUUUAGCGUUUAAUAGGCACUUGACUUUUCCAUUUCCCCUGGUUGGAAAAUGCACUACUUGUUACGACUUACAUACACAAGCAAAUCACCUUCAAUAUACAAACAUACAUAUGCAUCUGAUUUCAUAAUGGAUAAUAAAAAAUAAAUAUAUAUUUUUUGGGUAAAAUUAUAUAUAAAAA